AUGCUUUUGCGGUGGGAACUAGUUCUGUUGGGCGCUAACAACCCGCGAGAGUGUGCGAUCGGUUAUUCGUUGAGCGGAUGGAGUUCGGUUAUGGGGAUCCUGCUUUCUGAACUCAUCCUUGGACUUCGGAUAUGGGGUGUUUGGGGAAGAAAGCCCUCCAUAGCGGCCAUACUGGUGGUUAUCUCGUUAGGCUGCUCAAUUCCUGCAGUCAUCUUCUUCGAAAGAUUCCUGAAAGGAAUUCAAUAUCCUGAGCUGAAUAUAGCUGGCCCGGAUCAGCUUCGAAGAUGUUUAACUUUGAUGAGGAACAAGGAGGUCUAUGUGUGUUGGAUCUUGUUGAUGAUCUAUGACAGCACUAGCUUCAUACUGAUGGCGAUUCCUGGGUUCCAGGCCUAUCGGACAGGGGGAAGCUCGAACUUAGUUAAGGUUGUUUAUCGGGAUGGCGUCAUUUACUAUGCAUUGAUAUUCAUGGUAUCGUUGAUAAACGUUAUCAUCAUUCUCCUUUUACCGGCUGACCUCGUAAUAAUCAUCUCGCCUUUUGAACGUGUCCUUCACUCCGUUCUUGCCAGCCGUGCAAUUCUUCACAUACGAAAAGUGGCUCUUCGAGAUAACAUUCAGACGGAUGUCACGUUCGGCGGAAUGAUGACGACGAUAGAUUUCACUUCUCAAGACGCCGAGAUGUCUAUCGCCUCGAGCGUCCUUCGAUCUACCGCUGAGCCCGACGACCAGAACCAAAAAUGA